AUGUCUCAAGACGAGUUAAUACGAAAGCGGACGACAAUAAAGGCGAAACUUACUUCAUUUCAGUCAUUUUUAAAGAAACUUGAGAACGAACCGACAAAAUGUAAGGAGUUAUCGAUAAGAUUAGAACGCGCAGAAAAUCUAUUGACUGAAUAUGAGGAUAUUCAAUCCCAAAUCGAAAUGAUGACGAAAGAGAUAGAUGUCGAUGAGCGUACAAAAUUCGAAGAUUCGUAUUACACAAUUAUUGCUCUAGAAAGACAAGCUAAUUCCGUAGGUCAACAAGCAACACAUUCAACGGCACCGCUGGCAGCAGCACCGCUGGCAGCAGAUAUUACGGCACAGACGAAUUCGUUAUUGAAAUUACCUAAUAUAGAUCUUCCAACGUUUAACGGUGAAUACGAUCAAUGGGUUACAUUUCGUGAUACAUUUGAAGCUAUUAUUGACACUAACACGAAUUUAACAAAAAUUCAAAAGUUUUACUAUUUACAGUCGGCAGUGAAGGGUCGUGCAGCACAAUGUUUUAAAUCGUUAAGCCUUUCCAAUGAAAACUACGACGCAGCAUGGAAAUUGUUAAAAGCACGAUUUGAAAAUACGCGAUUAAUAGUGCAUCAUCACAUACAAGCGUUACUUGAAUUACCAAUAAUCUCGAAAGAGUCAGCCGGCAGUCUUCGAAAAUUAAUCGACGAUGUACAACACUUGUGUGCAUUAACAAAACUUGAACAACCCGUGCAAGCAUGGGAUACGUUAUUAAUCCAUUUAAUCACGCCGAAGCUUGAUGCUAAAACAAAACGAGAAUGGGAGUUUAAACGCAAAUUUACGAAGCUACCAACUAUGACUGAGUUCAUGGAAUUUUUAAAUAAACGUUGUUCAAUCCUAGAGACUUUAAUAUCACCAAAUAAACCAUGGGACAAUUUACUGCCUGACAUAAAAUCUCAUAAAAAAUCUAUAGCUUUAACCGCACAAUCAACAAGAAACAAACAAUGUCCAUUAUGUAAAAAUCAACAUUGGUUAUACGCUUGUCCGUCAUUUCGUAAAUUAUCAAGUCAUGAUAGAUUACGUGAAUCAAAACGAUUAAAGGUCUGUUUAAACUGUUUACGUUCUCACGCAGAUCGCGAGUGCACGUUUGGGAGUUGCCAGCGGUGCAAACGCCGUCACAAUACCAUGUUGCAUAUUGAUUCUAACGAUAAUUCACAUGUUAUAGCAGCUAAUGUUAACGAAUGUGAGUCAUUUAAUAAGAAAAAGAAUGAUUCUUCACAAUGUAGUACAACUGUCACAACAUCACAUUGUACGACAAGGGGCGUAAAACAAGCGUUAUUGUCAACGGCGAUUCUUCUUGUAUCCGACAAGAACGGCAAUUAUCAGGAAUGUAGUACAUGUAUAUUACUCUCACACGCAUGA